AUGGAGCGUGCUGGAUUGGCUUUUCUGGUUGUUAUAACUGUUGCGCUCGUGCGGGUUGGUGGCGGCCACAAGGAGACAGCAGGUGGGCAGGAAGACCAGCAGCAGCAGCAGCAGCAGUCCGGGGGGAUCAGUCCGGGUCACUCGUCCAGGGGACUGCGCGACGGUGCGUCCUGGAAAACAUCCGGUGAGAGUUUGCUCGGGAGCAGCCAGCCUGAGACCCCCGUGCGCGCGCCCCGGGGCGCAUCCCAUCCAGAGGACCGCAGGCACGAGUCCAGAGCGGGCCACCCCGCUGACGCGCCUCGGGAAGAGCCCGUCUCUGCGCAGCGCAACCCCAGACACCCGGGGGGCCAGCAGCAAAGGUCCAGAGUGAACCGCAGACAGAGCAGCAAGCCCAGCUCUGCAGGCUCUGCCAGGAGGCUCGUCGGGCCCAACGUCUGUGGAGGUCAGCAGUGCUGCUCUGGUUGGGCGUUGGCACCAGGAACCAACCGCUGCAUAAAACCUGGGCUGUGGCGGCGUUCCCGCCUGCAGUCCGUCACUGUUCUCAGCAUCUGUGUCAAUAGCAUUCCAAAGCUGUUGACCGAGCGCCCACUGUUUGCUUUAGCCACUGCAGACCAGCGGCGCGAUGCGCCGUUUGAGAACCGGGGCUCCUGCAGCCGGCCGCACACGUGCGUGUGCCGCUCCGGCUUCCAGGGGCCUCGCUGUGAGGAGGUGGCCCCUGAGCAGGUGUACAUCCGCGAGCGGGGCACCCUGAGGCGCGUUCAGCCCGGCGCCAGCCUGUUCCAGAGGGACCAGCCACAGAGACGGCCUUCAGAGAGGCACGCGACGGACAUCACCAAGGUCCAGACCCCGCGGCCGGCAACCACCAGGCAGCCCAGCCACACCGCGUCCCAAGUGAAGCGGACUCCAGACUCCUCCCACCAGCAGACUGGGACAUCUCGGACUGUGAAGCGUUAUCCGUCAUCCUCCGGACCCAUAACCUCCAAUGCUCUGCCUAGCAGCAAUGGCUACGCUAACGGCCAUGGCGGUGACCACAGGGCCUGGUAUGAACACAGGAGUGGACACAGAGACGGACACAGCCACAGGCCUGCCACUGACGGCCAGCAGCACGGACAGGUCAGCAACCUGUUACCACAACCAGAUGAAGGGCCUGGACGCGUUCCCGUAAACCUAACAGUAUUCUUCUCUCGGUUCGCGGGCCCGUGGCACAUUGCUCGCUCAGCUGCAGCGUUGCCACUGGCCAGCCGUCAGCGCACACCCUCGCACGCUUAUAAACCUCCCUUUGCCCAGACGGGGAGGGCCAACCUCACCUCCGGCCUGGACCGCAUUAAGAUCGUCUUCACACCUACGAUGUGCCGAACGGUGUGCAAUGCUGGCCGCUGCUACGACAGCUGUGAGAAGGGAGACAUCACCACAGUCUACAGCGAGACCUCGCACCACCAGCAGCAGCACAAGCAGCAGCAGCCAACCAACCAGGGCUUCAGACUCUUCUUCUGUCAAAUCCCCUGUCUGAAUGGGGGCCGUUGCAUUGGCAGAGACCUCUGUUGGUGUCCGUCAAACUCAACAGGGAAGUUUUGCCACCUCCCAUUGCCACCUCCUGCAAGACCCACUGCUCACAGCCGCAAGGACGCCGGCCACCAUGGGCCAAAAUCUUCAUCCCUGUCCAUGUACACCCUGCCUCUUUCCAAUCAGCAAGCAUCUCUCCACCCAUCAUUGGUGAACGUUCACAUUCAGCAUCCCCCCGAGGCAGAGGUCCAGGUCCACCAAGUAGCUCGAGUCCAACCUGGGCAGAGAGCAGCUACCACAGAGGGGGCCCACUCUGUUCAGCAGCGCUCCCAGCCGGGGAACGGACACGAACACACCAGUGAACAUGGCAGCAAACAUCCACACACCAACAGGCACAGGAACGGUCAAACUACAGCGCACGUCCACCUGAAUGGACAUGUUGGAAGAUGCUUUCAGGAGACAGUCGAUGGGCAGUGUGGCAAGCCUCUGCCAGGCCUAACCAAACAGGAUGAUUGCUGUGGAAGUGUCGGUGCCUCCUGGGGUCUCAACAAGUGCCAAAAGUGUCCCGCCAAACCAGCGUAUGCUGUGAUUGCAAAUGGGCAAGUGGAGUGUCCCAAAGGUUUUAAGAGGAUGAACGCCACACACUGUCAAGACAUCAAUGAGUGCCUCCUGCAAGGGAUAUGUAAGAAUGCCGACUGCCUCAACACCAGAGGAAGCUACAGGUGCACAUGUAAACCAGGCUUCAUGUUAGAUGCUGCCAGGAGCCACUGUGUCUCGGACAAAGCGGUGUCAGACCAGAAGGCGUCAUGCUAUCGGUCGGUUUCAGCCGGGACGUGCUCUCUACCGCUCGUUAAUCACAUCACCAAGCAGAUCUGCUGCUGCAGCCGUGUGGGCAAAGCCUGGGGAUCUCAGUGUGACCGCUGUCCUUUGCCGGGGUCAGACCACUUCAAGGAGAUCUGUCCGGCUGGUCACGGAUACACUUACUCGCGCUCAGAAGUGCAGAUUUCUCUCAGACAGUUGGAAUUUGAUGAGCUGCAGAGCACAGGAGUGUCACUGGAGGAACAGUAUCCAUCCUCUCAACCCUCACGAUACCCCAACUACCCACAAACACCUCAAGUGCCCCAAUAUCCUCAGUACCCCGAGACACCACAAGUUCCUCGGCACCCUUUGACUCCACAGCAUCCUUCUCAUUCAGGAAGAGAUACCCCAGGGCAAUCAACAGAUGUGGAGAUUCUCAUCCCACCAGCUGUUGUGACUGACUCACCACUGAAAUACCCAGGGAGCUCCCCGGACUUCCCGAGUGUCGACCCUAAGCCAGAUUCAAAGGAAACGAGCUCCAUAGAUUCAACCACAGGGAUUAACAAGUGUGCCGCUAUUCCCACUAUAUGUGGCCGUGGGAAAUGUAUCUCCGUGCAGACUGGCUACACCUGCGACUGUGAUCCGGGAUUUAAGCUCAGCGCACUGCAGACCAAUUGCAUUGAUGUGAAUGAGUGUGAUGAAGACCCGUGUGAAGGGAAGGGCCGCUGUAUAAACAGCUAUGGCUCCUACACCUGUCAGUGCCACAGUGGCUACAGCCAAGUGAUCACUCAGAACAGGAAGUUCUGUCAAGACAUCAAUGAGUGCAGCAUGCCCAACAAGUGCCAAAGUGGCAACUGCGUCAACACAGAAGGAUCUUACACCUGUGAAUGCAGCAGUGGCUUUGCCAAGUCCUGGAGAGACCUAUGCGAAGAUAUAGAUGAGUGCAGAGAUCCCAGCUCCUGUCCCAACGGGGUCUGCAUCAACACGGUUGGCUCCUUCCAGUGUCAGGCCUGCAGCCCAGGAUUCAGGCCUGUCAAUGAGAGAUGCGUAGAUGUAAAUGAGUGUCUGAAUCAAACCGUGUGCGGUCGGGGUAGGUGUGUCAACACGGAGGGCUCCUAUAGGUGCAACUGUUUCCACGGAUACAAACUCUCACCAGACAGUGUUUGUCAAGAUGUGGACGAAUGUGGGCUUCCGGGAGUCUGUCUCAACGGCCGCUGUGUCAAUUUGGACGGCACCCACGAAUGCACCUGUAACCAUGGUUACCAAGUCACCUCAGACAGCAAAUCCUGCGAAGAUGUCAACGAGUGCGCAACUGGUAAUGCCUGCCCCGCAGGAAUCUGCAUCAACACCGUAGGUUCCUACACUUGCCAGAACUGCAGGCCUGGGUUUGGACCAUCUGCUGACGGACUGAGAUGUGAAGACGUUGAUGAGUGUGAACAGGAUUUGUGUCAGGGAGGUGUGUGUGCUAACACACAGGGAUCCUACACUUGCACCAGGUGUAAGGCUGGCUACAGAGUGUCUCUAGACCGGCAGAGAUGUGAAGAUGUUGAUGAGUGCCAGUCCCUGUCUACAUGUGCCAAUGGGAUCUGUCUAAACUCAGAAGGCUCCUACACCUGUGAGAACUGCCCGAGUGGGUACAGAGUGUCGUAUGAUGGGGAACUCUGCCAAGAUAUUGAUGAGUGUGAGCUUUCCAGCACUUGCCCCCAGGGAACAUGUACAAACACUGAGGGUUCGUUCACAUGUGUCCUCUGCCAGUCCGGUUUCAGGAUCUCUGAGGAUGGACAGCAGUGUGAUGAUGUGGAUGAGUGCUUGAUGGCCAACUUGUGCCCAGGCCAGCUCUGCUUGAACACCCCAGGAUCUUUCACCUGCAGGAGCUGUGAAACCGGGUUUCAGCUGUCUGAGGACACUCACACCUGUGACGAUAUUGAUGAGUGCCGAGUUCCUGGUGUUUGUCCCACGGGAGUUUGCACCAACACAGUGGGCUCCUUCUCCUGCAUGGCCUGUGACCCAGGCUUCACGGUAGCAUUUGACGGGCUCUCAUGUGAAGAUAUGGAUGAAUGUUUAACCACUGUGGGGAUCUGUGGAGAAGGAGACUGUCUGAACACAGAGGGCUCCUACUCAUGCAUCUGUCCUGAUGGAUAUACCGCCAGCGAUGGAAGGUCUGGCUGCCAAGAUGCUGAUGAAUGCAGUAAAGAAGAUGUGUGUGUCCAAGGACAGUGUCUCAACACUGAUGGCUCUUUCUUAUGCUUAUGUAAAGCUGGAUUUAAGUUCAACACCGACACAGCUGACUGUGAAGACCAGGAUGAGUGUAAGGAGUUUGGAGGCUCGGUGUGUGGCACAUGGCGCUGUGAGAACACCAUCGGCUCCUACCGGUGCUUCAUGCAGUGUGAGCCCGGCAGUAUCCAGGGAGACUGCGAUAUUGAUGAGUGCGACAAUGAGACCAUCUGUGGGAACAAUGGAUUCUGCGAGAACACAGACGGGUCCUUCCGCUGCCAGUGCGACCAAGGCUAUACCAACCCACCAGGAGAUAUGAGCAGCUGCGUCGACGUGAACGAGUGCGAGAUGAGCCUGGCGCUGUGCGGGGGGGCCCUGUGUGAGAACGUCGACGGCAGCUUCCUGUGCAUCUGCCCCAACGACAAUGAGGAAUUUGAUCCCAUCACCAGCCGGUGCCGCGCCAUGGCUGGGCUUGACCCCAAACCCCUCAUUUUGUCUCCUUCGUCCGCUGGGGAGAAGAAGGCUUGUUAUUACAACCUGAACGAUGCAAACUUCUGUGACAACGUUUUGUCUCACAACACCACCAAACAAGAAUGCUGCUGCACAAUUGGGGCCGGCUGGGGGGACAACUGCGAGAUCCACGCUUGUCCCCUCCCAGGAAGAGACGAUUUCAACCAGUUGUGCCCUCACGGCAGUGGCCUUUUAUCUUUGCCUGCUUCCUCUACACAGAGUCAUGGAGAUCAGCCGCCUUACAAAGAUGCAAACGAGUGUGAGAUGUUUGGAGCGGAGAUUUGUAAAAAUGGACAGUGUUCAAAUCUCUUUUCUAUGUACACGUGCUUGUGUCGCUCCGGCUUCUUCUACGACAACAUACGGCUCGAGUGUGUGGAUUACGAUGAGUGUGAAUCUGGAAUUGCCUGCGAGAAUGGAGCGUGUGUGAACACAGCAGGCUCUUUCAACUGUUUCUGCAGUCCUCCGUUAGUCCUGGACAGCUCAAGGCGGCGCUGUAUUCAUUUGAAUACCACAGAAGAAUCUGCUGAGUUUGAUCAGGGUGUGCACUUGGAUAUUUGCUGGCAGCGGCUUGAGGGGGACAACAUGUGCGCGGAUCCCCUUCCAGUUAAAAGAACAACCUACACUGAGUGUUGCUGCCUGUUUGGCAUUGCCUGGAGUGGGCAGUGUGCCUUCUGUCCCAGGAAAGACUCUGCUGACUACGCGACAAUGUGCAACCUGCGAGGAAGCUCAGAUAGUCUCCGAGAGAGGAUAGGAUACGAGUACGGUGUGGAGGGGCCAGAGGAUCCAGCGGAGCAGUUCCCCCCGCCAUACUGGGAUAACUACGGUGGCCCUGCGGGAACAUAUGACAUCCCAGAGAGUGUUCCGCUCUUUAACGACAACGACUACAGUGUCCAGCAGCCACCAGCUCGUGUGCCCAUCAUACGAUCAGGAGGAAACCAGCCUCAACCGGUGAAUCCUUAUUCCGAGCGCUAUGACAGCUUUGAGGGUCUCCAAGCAGAGGAAUGUGGGAUCCUGAACGGAUGUGAAAAUGGCCGCUGCGUUCGUGUGCGUGAGGGCUACACCUGCGACUGUUUUGAUGGCUACGAACUUAACAUGGACAAGAUGGCCUGCAUAGACAUAAAUGAGUGUGAGGACAUCAGCGACAACGUGCCCCUGUGUCAGAACGGACAGUGCUCCAACACAGAGGGGUCCUACAAGUGCACCUGUUUGCCGGGCUUUGUGGCCUCUUCCAAGCCACACAAAUGCAUCCCAACGAUCCCAGAGUCCGGGCUGAGGGAGGCAGGAAACUGAAAAGGGGAUUGUUGGAACGUGGAUGUUCUCCUGCUCCCCCUCAGAUAAUCCCUCUGCCCUUUUCCCAAAAGGGGCUGGCACUAAACCUCUAACAGUAACACUGAAACGUCCAAGCUUUUAUCCCUACAUACCAAACACACACAUAGCCAGAGACAAGAACAUAGAGAAGCACACACACUAACACAGAUUUGUAUUUCUUUCAUACACGUUCAAGAGGAAAAGAAAUUGAGCAGUGAAUGUAUUAUAUGGGAUUUAGUAUUCACCAGACAUCCGCUUGCCUUAAAGGGAUUUUGUGGACUGAUCUUUUAUAUUCAGUGACCCCAGGCAAUUUGAUAUGCAGAUAUUCUUACCACAUUAUUUUCUUUGUCAGUUUCCUUUUGUAAAAUUGUGUUAUUUAUUUAAUUGACACAAGGGGCCUCGGCAAAAUAAGAAAAGCAAUCUGUUUCAGAGGGCAGACUUGAUUCCUCUUGUUUUAUUUGUCGCCAGCUGACGACAGAGACAUUGGGGGAGAUGAUAAAUGUAUUUUGUACAAGAAGGAAUGUCACAGUUUGUGAUAUAUAAGCUAGACAAACAAAUAAUAAAUUCUUUCCCACUGCUGCCUUUUUUCAAGAUCCAAGCCAAGUUGAAGAUUCUUUGGACCAAGAACCAGGAAGUCAACACAGCCAAACUUUGACUUUAAAAAGCUUCAGCCUUGAUGUGGAGAGACCGUAGAUGUAUAUGAUGAUCUGUAUCAUAUUCUGAAAAUAGGGCAGGAGAUAGAACCUGCAGUUCUCACUUUUUACACCGUUUUCACAGAUUAUAAAACUGACCCCAUUUUGUUCAGCAUUUUAACAGUAUUAACUUCUUUUAUACUUACGGAAAAAUGAGAAAAUACAAAAAAAAAGUAAAAGAAACACUUGACUUUGAAUCUGCUUGUUGUUUAAAAUUCUAAAAGCACAAUAAAAAAGUUUGCUUUGGUGAAAUGAUCCACAAAAAUGAUCUCUGCUUUAAGUGAGAAAAUAGGUUUUUCUGCAUGACCAUCGCACAGAGUAAAGGAUUUCUCAUCCAUCUUCAAGGCAAUUAGAUCUCCCAUUACACCACUCCCAUGUGUGCAACUCCACAUGCAUGCAAAGACAAAGGCUUAGUUGGAGAGGUUUGGUAUAUUUUGUACAGUUCUAGUACUAUAUAUUAUUUUUGUUACAUAUUAUAUCAAUACAUAUAACACACCAUUAUUUUUAUUUGACAUAAAGCAACAAAUGUAAGAAAAAUCUGGCAUUACAGUUUUGUAGAUUUAUAUGUGACUGUAAAAAUGUUUUUAAAGCAUAUCUUUUAAUGUAUGAGGAGAGUGGCUGACACUGUACCAUAGGAACUGUGUGAAUACUCUGCCCUGUGGAGCAGACAAUGAAUUAUAUAUUUUUUGGGAAGUGGCAGCACUGUUCAAAUCAGACAUUCUGUUCCCUUCAGUUCAUUAGAAAGACAAUAAUUUCUAAAUAAAUACAGUAAGAGUGAGAAAGAGUGAGCAUUAUUAUGGUUAGUAUCUGAUGGAUCCUUUUGUAAUUUCUGUAUCUUUAACAUCUUCAGCAUUCUCAAUUGGUUUUUUAAUCCCUUUCACUCCUUUUUGUCUUUCAUAUUUUGUCUUUUAUGAUCAGUAAUCUACUUAGAACAGAAACAUUAAGAUAUAAUAAUACAUUGACAGGAUAACUAUGGUUUGUAAUUGUAUGUCAUUAACCAGCAUUCACAGCCUUUAAACCUACAGUUGUAUAAAUGUUUUCACAAUGCCACUGCACUACUCUAUGCUGUUCAAAUCAAUAACAGAACCAGACCAUACAUCUAAUAAUGAGGUUUAUGAUGAAGUAUUUAAAGAAUUUCAAAACAUUUGAAUAACUUGAGAGAAAUGUUGUUAAGUUGUGGUCAAUACCAUGCUUAUUUGUUUUGUUUACCUCUUGACUGUAAUCACUACCAGUCAUCAAAAUAAAACAUGAAAACAUCAGA